CCAAAUCAUUCAAAUGAAUCACAUAUGGGAACUCAAAUACACUUUACAAAAUUGGAAAAUUUUAGUGUACCAACAAUUGUGAAUAUGGAUAAACUUGUCAAAGAAUAUGAACAAAAUAAUCAAUCUCUUGUUAAUCAACAACAAUCUACUACAAUUUCAAUUGGACCAACUGUUGUACAUUGUAG